AUGGCUUCAACCACCAACACCUUGCUCUCUUCUAACUUUUUUGGCACUAGAAUCCUACACUCGCCUCCAACCCCAAAAACCACCUCCAGAUGCACACCAGCACCAAUUCCUCUGCCCUUCUUCUCCAAGAGAAACCUUUUUACCACCAAAAACAUUUUCAACCAGAAACCCAAUUCCGAGCCCCUCAAAUCCGCAGCAUCCCAAGCCACUUUAGCUGCCUUACUCUUCUCUUCGGUCACUUCACUCACCCCACAAGCCCUAGCCUUAGACGCCACACCCACCCCCACACCUCCACCUGUUCUCCAAGCCCAGCCUACCAAACCCAACGCCUCCUCCCCUUUCUCUCAGAAUCUCCUCGUUACAGCCCCCAAACCCCAAUCCCAGGCCGCCACUGAUCUCCCUGAAGGCAGCCAAUGGCGCUACAGCGAGUUCUUGAACGCAGUCAAGAAGGGCAAGGUCGAAAGAGUCAGGUUCAGCAAGGACGGUUCUGGCCUCCAGCUCACUGCCGUGGAUGGCCGACGAGCCUCCGUCAUUGUUCCCAAUGACCCGGACCUUAUCGAUAUUUUGGCCAUGAACGGCGUCGAUAUUUCAGUGUCCGAGGGCGAUUCGGGCAAUGGAUUGUUCAAUUUCAUCGGGAACUUGCUGUUCCCAAUCUUGGCCUUCGCGGGAUUGUUCCUCCUUUUCCGGCGAGCGGGAGGUGGUCCCGGAGGGCCUGGUGGGCUUGGUGGGCCUAUGGACUUCGGAAGGUCCAAAUCCAAAUUCCAAGAAGUUCCAGAGACGGGGGUGAGUUUCUCUGAUGUAGCUGGAGCUGACCAAGCAAAGCUGGAACUGCAGGAGGUGGUUGAUUUCUUGAAGAACCCAGAUAAGUACACUGCCCUUGGAGCCAAAAUCCCAAAAGGCUGUCUUUUGGUGGGUCCACCUGGUACCGGCAAGACCCUUCUGGCUCGGGCCGUGGCCGGCGAGGCUGGGGUGCCGUUUUUCUCUUGCGCAGCUUCGGAGUUCGUGGAAUUGUUUGUGGGAGUGGGUGCGUCGAGAGUGCGGGACUUGUUCGAGAAGGCCAAGUCGAAAGCGCCGUGCAUUGUGUUCAUUGAUGAGAUUGAUGCGGUGGGGAGGCAGAGAGGAGCAGGUAUGGGAGGUGGGAAUGAUGAGAGGGAGCAGACCAUUAAUCAGCUGUUGACGGAGAUGGAUGGCUUUUCGGGUAAUUCCGGUGUCAUAGUUUUGGCGGCUACCAACCGGCCGGAUGUUCUUGAUUCGGCCUUGUUGAGGCCCGGUAGGUUUGACCGACAGGUGACCGUGGACAGGCCUGAUGUUGCUGGGAGAGUUAAGAUCCUGCAGGAUGAACACACUGGUUUCACGGGGGCUGAUCUGCAAAACCUGAUGAAUGAAGCUGCCAUUCUUGCAGCCAGACGCGACCUCAAAGAAAUAAGUAAAGAUGAGAUCUCUGAUGCUCUGGAGCGAAUAAUUGCUGGACCUGAGAAGAAAAAUGCUGUGGUCUCAGAAGACAAGAAGAAAUUAGUCGCCUACCAUGAGGCCGGGCAUGCUCUUGUUGGUGCUUUAAUGCCAGAAUAUGAUCCUGUAGCUAAGAUAUCCAUCAUCCCUCGUGGCCAAGCCGGUGGUCUAACCUUCUUUGCUCCAAGUGAAGAGAGACUCGAGUCCGGACUGUACAGUAGAAGCUACCUGGAGAAUCAAAUGGCUGUUGCCCUUGGUGGAAGGGUUGCCGAAGAAGUUAUCUUUGGUCAGGAAAAUGUGACAACAGGGGCAUCAAGUGACUUUAUGCAAGUUUCAAGGGUGGCUAGGCAGAUGGUUGAGAGAUUUGGGUUCAGCAAAAAGAUCGGACAAGUUGCUAUCGGUGCUGGUGGUGGCAAUCCCUUCUUAGGUCAACAGAUGUCGUCCCAAAAAGAUUACUCCAUGGCAACUGCUGAUAUUGUGGAUGCAGAGGUAAGGGAGUUGGUAGAGAAAGCUUAUUCAAGGGCCACGCAGAUCAUCACAACCCACAUCGAUAUCCUCCACAAACUAGCCCAGCUCCUCAUGGAGAAGGAAACUGUUGAUGGUGAAGAGUUCAUGAGCCUCUUCAUUGAUGGGAAAGCUGAGCUAUAUGUUGCGUAG